AUGGCCAGUACUACGCAUGAACCAACUUCUUGUUGCGUGGUGAAAAAGGAACCUCUUUUGGUGAAACCCUCUGAACCCAUUUCAACUUCUUUCUGCGUGAUGAGAAAGGACCCUCUUUUGGUGAAACCCUCUGCACCCAUACCUCGUCACGACCUUUUUCUCUCAACUAUUGACAAUUAUACCGCCCUCGAGAAUUUCACGCACACCCUCUAUGUUUAUCGUCCGAUCGCUGUGGCCCCUCCCAAUAGUAAUUGCCCCGAUCCUGUUUCUGUUCUGAAACAGAGUCUGGCUAGAACUGUCGUGUUUUACUACCCUCUCGCCGGAAAAAUCAUGAGGUACGACCCUGACCGAAGCCUUCGCAUAACGUUCAACUCGGAUGAAGAAGAUAUUGGAGUCCCGUUCCUUGAGGCAGCCGUACUGGAUUGCGAUCUGAGCUCUCUUAAUUAUAUGGAUGGAGAGAUUACGUCGGUAGCCAAAGAGUUCAUAUUUUAUAACCAGCCGCCCAUAAAUAAGGAUGAUCAAGAACCAUACCACCCUCUCCGUCUCCAAGUAACUGUGUUCCCCUGCGGCGGUUUCAUCAUCGGGAUGAGCAUAUUGCACUCUAUUGUUGACGUGUUUGGAGCUGCUCAGUUUUUUAAAGCGUUGGCCGAACUGGCCGGCGGGAAGGUUGAACCGUCGGUGAUUCCUGUUUGGGAAAGGGAAAGGCUGAUAGUAAAUAUUAUGCCAGAUGAGGAGAAGGCGGUGUGUAAUAAUAAUAAUAAUAAUUCUCAGCCAAACAAUUUGCCAGAAUCCCAGCAUCUUUCCUCUGAGUUGAUAAAUGAAUGCGUCGAUAUAUCUAGCGACGGAAUAAAGAGGCUAAAGCUUAAAUUAGCGACGGAAUUGGGAGACAACGUCACCACAUUCGAGGCACUGAGUUCUUACAUUUGGAGAUCGAGAUUCAAAGCGUUGGAGUUUAACCCAGAUGACAAAACGGUAUUUGUCAUGAUGGUGGGGUUGAGAGAUCGCUUAGAUCAUCCAAAACUACCAAAGGGAUAUUAUGGUAACUCUUUCAUAUUAUCAUCGCCAAUAUUUGUUAUAGGGAGAGACCUAGUUGAGGGGCCUCUCUCGAAAAUGGUUAAGUUGAUUAAAGAGACCAAGAACAUCUGUUCUCAGCCCGAGUUCAUUCGACGUUCAUUGAGUUCAUCGGAGAGGACUCGAUCGGAGAAUAUAGGGACAAUAUUGAAAAGUAGAGGAGGAGUAAUGUUUGCAACAGAUUGGCGAAGUGCUGGUAUUCGGGAGGAAGAGAAUUUUGGAUGGGGAGGUUGUGUGAAUAUCGUGCCAGUUCCAUAUAAUAUGAUUGGAAACAAUAAUUUGUGUGUUUUGUUGCCUCCACUUAGGUUGGAUAAUUCCAAUAAAGAUGGAGUUAAGGUUUUCAUUGGACUUCCCAAGGUUGCCAUGGACAAGUUUAAGCAAGAAAUACAUGCUCUUCACCAAUGA